AUGAAUACCAAUCACCAAAAAGAACUUGACGAGUCCAGGGACGAGGACGAGACUCCGACUAUAUCCUCUGCGAAGCCAACUCGGUUUAUAGUCGCUUUCACCAACAAUGUAUUCAUCAAGGGUGACCCCAAGCGUCUCUUCAUCUUCUCAGGAGAGGAGCAAACUUCUUCAUCUUCUUCUUCUUUGGUAGCCACUCUAGACAUGACAAUACCCUCAGUGACCAUGAACGGCGGCUUCAACUGUACUUCCGUCCAUGGCUUUCUCGCUUGUUGUCAACGUUUACAAUUCACUAUAUGUAACCCUAGCACAGGGCAAGUCAUUACCUUCCCCUGCAACCCUAAAAUGUGGAAAUCCUUUGGAUUGGGAUACGAUCCUGUUGAUGAUCAAUUCAAAGCAUUAACCCUCGUGUCGUGUCCGUAUGGUAACCCUAGUUUCAUGGUGCACGAGGUUAUAACACUUGGAGGAGGAGGAGGAGGAGGAGUAGUAUCUCGUAGUCAAGUUACCUCCCCGCCUUAUUUCCCUAUGACUAUGGGAAUAAACAUUAACGGUUUCCUUUAUUUUGGUGCUUGUGCUCCAAGUCAAAGAGCUACUCCUGUGUUUGUGUGUUUUGAUGUUAGACAUGAGAGGUUACUGAGUUUUAUCACAACCCCUAAGGAUGUCCUGGUUUGUGGGGCUUUUUCAAUGUUGAUUGAAUACAAAGGGAAGCUAGGUGUCAUUGUACCACACCCUUUUGAUGGUCCUUGUUUCGACCGUUUUGAUCUAUGGAUACUGGAUGAUGUGGAGAAACAUGAUUGGUCUAGACAAACGUUUGAGCUUCCUUUCUCUCUUCCCUUCUCUCUUGGGAUGGGUAAGAGUGUGAGCUCUCAGGGAACCAACAAGGCUGGUGAAAUCAUUUUCUCUCCAACUACUCUACCAUACCGUGCCCAGCCCUUCUAUGUUUUCUACUACAACUUAGACACGAAAGACAUGAGAAGAGUCAGGAUCCAUGGAGUCGCAGAUACUGAAGAGUUUUGGAGCCGUUAUGGACUCACAGGCUUUUGUUGCGCAUUUUUCUCACCCAACCACGUUGAUAGCAUUGCCUCUUUAUAA